ACCUAAGCUUCACUGAAUGGUACCGACCCCGCUUAAUAUUUCUCCUCGUUCCCCCCGUCUUCUAGUUACUUCAUUCUCACUUCUUUCGCACUAUGUGCCAAGCAUCACUCGCAAACUUCUCGGUUCCUUUCCCGAUGGCGACAGUCCUUCCCCUCUCCACGCUUACGCAAAGCGUGCCGCCACAAACACCCGUGGACCCGAGUUCAUCAUCUUUGCAUGUCUCAUUCCUGUCCUCGUCCUCCUAUCAGGUGUAUUUGCCGGUCUGACCUUAGGUUACAUGAGCUUGGAUGAGACCCAGCUCAACGUGUUAAGCAUGAGUGGCACUCCUCAACAAAAACGUUAUGCCGAGAAGAUCAUGCCUAUCAGGAAAAACGGUCAUUUAUUGCUCGUGACUUUGCUUCUCUCUAACAUGAUCGUCAACGAGACUCUACCUGUCAUCUCCGAUCCCAUUCUCGGUGGCGGAGUCCAGAGUGUAGUCGUCAGUACCGUCCUAAUUGUCAUCUUCUCCGAAAUCAUUCCGCAAUCAUUGUGCACCCGACAUGGUCUUUACUUUGGCGCUCAAAUGGCAGGCUUCACUCGAGCCUUAAUCUAUCUUCUUGGCGUCUUUGCAUGGCCUAUUGCCAAACUCUUGGAGCUAGUACUUGGUCCUCAUCAUGGAAUUAUGUACCGUAGAGGAGGUAUAAGUCCGUGUUGUCCAUCCAUAAUUCUACUAAUACUUUUCUUUCCAGAACUCAAGGAACUCAUCGCAUUGCAUUCGUCAAUGUCUUCCCUUGGUGGUGAUCUGAAGAGUGAUACCGUCACAAUUAUCGGCGCCACACUCGACCUGCAAGAGAAAGUGGUGAAACAGGCGAUGACUCCCAUUGAGAACGUUUUCAUGUUAUCAAUUGACUCGAAACUCGAUUAUGCGCUUAUGAAGAAGAUUUGCCUUACUGGACACAGCCGUGUCCCUGUGUAUGAAGAGGUUGAGAUCCCCGCUGAUGCAUCAGAUCGCAUGUUGAAGGUCAAGAAGAUAAUAGGUAUUCUGCUCGUUAAACAGUGUCUUCUUCUUGAUCCGAAAGAUGCCCUUCCUUUACGCAGGAUUCCACUGAACAAGGUCCCUUUCGUACCAAAUAACGAGCCUCUUCUCGGCAUUCUAGACAAAUUUCAAGAAGGUCGUUCACACAUGGCUAUUGUCUCUCGCUUUAGUGUCGAGAAAGCUGCUUCAGUCAAGAAGGUCGCCAAGCGAUCCCUCACGCAACGCCUGCGCGAACGCGUGGGCAUAAGUGACUCGAGUGACGAGGACGACGAUAGUAAAGAGAAGGAUAACACCAAGGACGAGGACGAAGAAAGAGCAUCGCGAGAGAUAUCCUUUGCUGAUGAACUAGACGCUGAUGGUCAGUCCACACUACACGGAGACGACAAAGAUUCAGUUAUACGUAUACCCCAGCGAGCUGUCAGGACCGGCCGUGGGCGAGGACGUCCCUCGCAACGCGGCAGGGUAAGGCGUGACAUGGAAAUGGGUGUUAUUGAAGAGCAGGCCGUCCAAAAAGAUACCAGCAAGGAGAAGAGACUUCGCAUACCUCGCUCGGCACCUGCACUGGAGCAAAGUAUCCCUGAUGACGCUGUUUUGACGAAAGAAGGCGCCGAAGACUUUUUACAGGUCAUUGAUCCGGCAAUAAUGCCACUGGGCAUCAUUACACUGGAAGAUGUCCUCGAAGAACUUAUUGGCGAAGAAAUCUACGACGAAUUCGAUCAGGAUGGUGCUGGUGGCACUAUCUCGUCUUACGUCCCAACAGAACACCCACCUGUUUUAGAGCUCUAUGGCAAAUCCUUACCUGACCUACACUCUACAGCCGCACAGCCUAUCGAGGCGGUCAAGUCUGCUCUCAAUGGUCCAGUCCUGCGUCCUCUGUCAAUGAAGUCGUUCGGCUUCUUCCGUUCUCGCAGUGAGCCCCCGACACCUCGUGAGACGGACGAAGUUUCUGCAGUACAACCUGUUCUGAAGACUUCGGUGUUAUCCCCUAUCAACGAUGGUGUCAAGGAGCAUCUUACACCUGAGACGGUCAUUUCAGACACUCAGACCUCAGAAGCCUUGGCAACGACGGACGAGUGGCAAGACAUGCUUCAGCCCGCUAAUACAACUAACAACGCGUCCACUUCAUUUAAGGAUGCUCUUUUGACACCUGACUUCACCUUGAAGAAGAGAUCUGUUUCUAGCGCUGGGAUCGCCGCUUCUGCUCCUGGUACACGAUCUUCGUCACCAGCACCGUCUUUGGAAGCUAUUUUACUUGAGAGAAAACGUCGUCUUACCUUGGCUAAGGAAUCGGGUAUGAGUACGCCCUCUGUUCCUCUACCGAGUGAUGUACGCUUCUCCGCCUUACCUCGUGUCCCUACGGUCGGCAUCAAGGCAGGGAAGUUCAAGAGCAGUCCCUUGGCGGGUGAAGAGCGUGGCCGAAUUGUCGCCGAACAAGUCAUGCAAGAUACGACGAGCGCUGCGGACGUGGAACGGACACUGGAUGAGGGUGAUGACGUCGCUCAUGACAAGAAAGACGAUGACAGCGGUUACUUGUAACUACAGCUACUGGCAUUGCCUCGUCACUGAUGUCUUGUAUUUUUCUGCAGAUUGCGAUAUGUAGGAUUAUCGUAGCUUUUCCUUAGUUACUUACGUCUGUGUUAGUUCGUGUUCUGUGUAUACCUUUUUCUCUGCCCCACUUCUUUCCUCUUCUGCGCCCGUCUCGACGUAGAUAGCCUUUCCCACUUCAGGAGAAGCACAUCCUUCAAUGAAUAAUCGCCCUUGUGGCCAUUGCAUGUAUUCUCGAUUUUUCAAGAAUGACGUUAAGUUUCUUCG